GUUAAAUGUAUGAAUUUAGAAUUAGAAAUUUGUGAUGUUGGGUUUUCUUUCACCAUGUCAUUUUCUGUAGUAAAAACUGAAUCCUUGCCCAUGAUUAAAGUGGGGAGGUGGAUCACAUGGCAAUAAUGUGCUAGGGAUCAAGGAAUAUUUCCAGCAUUGGGGAGACAGGAGGGGAUUGUGAAUUGUUCUGGGCAAGAGUCCCAAACUUGCUCACCUCCCAACUGCCACAAUCAUCCUCUGUUGUACUCCACUAUUUACUUUAAAGUUGUUUACCCAACUGGAACGGACUACUUUUCUCUAAUGCAUUUUCCCUCUUAGAGCUCGAACUGAGUCGGUAUAGGACAUUAGCACUUAUCGCCUGCAUGUAGUGGCUAAUUAUUUUGCAUGGUGGAGAGGUCUUGUUGCAGAGAUUCUGGGGAUCUGUCCCGUUCACCAACCCUCCUAUUAGCCACUGGAACAAAAGAGAGAGGAAAGUUCUGAAGACGCUGGAGAGUUGCAACCUGUUAAUCUGGUAUACCUUAGGGCAACAGCAAGGAAAAUCAGAGUUCGAAAACAGACAAAAGGAGGAAGGGUUGGUUGAGGUGAGGGAAUCCAGUUUAAGCCUGUGACGGACCCAUGACGAAGGUGUUGGAGAUAAGAGAGAACUUUGGGUUUGAGCCGCUGUCAGAAGACAGGAUACUGGGCUAGUUGGACCAUUGGUCUGACCUGGUGUGGCUGUUCUUAUGUUAAACAAUCCAAUCUGCCUCAAGAUUUGGUAAGUGUUGCCAUCUGGAUUUAUAUCCUCUCAAGUGCAGUGUCCAAGCUGCAGUUUUAGUAAAACUACAUCAUAGUAUUGGCUAGUGCUGAUUGAUAUGACACCCCAGGGAGGGAGCAUUUUCUGCAGGAGCAGCAAUAUUGUUUUAUUUUCAUCGCACCUGAUUGAGACCCAUAAAGCAGUUAUGUUUCAGAGAUCAUCAUAGCUGUGAUCCCUUUGCCUGGCAUAUUGCUGUGCUGACUGCUGGUCAGAGCAUUGCUACACUCGAAGAUCCCCACACACAUUGCAAAGCUACCAUAAUGCAGUCUAGGAUCUGCCCCGCUGUGGAUGGUAAUAGUAUGUUAUUGGCCCAAUGAAAGAGAAUGCAUUCACAUUAGCAAUGAGCAGGCAUUUUAAAAAAGAAAAAUGGAAGACUUAAAAAAUAUUCUGGAGAGGGUGCAGCUUUUCAGAUUUAAAAAAAUAACGUGAAUUUAAUGCUCAUGGAAGGUGAUGGAUUGAUGGCCCUGGAGAAUGGAAGGACUGUAUCCUAUGAACAGGAUAAGCAUGCAAGUUUCCUCAAAUGUUACUCUGUGCCUGUCAAAAUCCCUUACCUUUAACUUGAAGACAGCAUCUCUUCAGGUAACAUUGUAGUCUAGUUUGCAUGCCAAUACAGUGUUCUCUGCUACUGAACAUAUCAGCUGUGGUGGGAUACCACUGAGGUGGAUGCCUAGUGACUGGGAAAUGGACGGAGACCACCAAAUUAAUGUAACAUACCUUCCAGUGUCAUUUGGCAACGUAACAGCUUUCAGUAAUAACUCACCUGUUUUAGAUUUAUUUUGUACUGGUGAUGUAGGCACUCUAGGACGCUUGCCAAAUGCUUUUCAGGUUUUAUUUGCUCCAUGUGGAUAUUCACGAGCCAUUGAAAUAUAUAGUGUGACUAGACAUGGAAUGAUGGUAGGAUACAAUUAUUAUUUAUUGAGCUCCAGACAUAAUGCACAAGUUACUUUCAAUCUAAAUCUGAUGCAGGUAGAACAGUUUAGACAAACAAUAAACUGGCAGAAGAUAAAGGCUGUGCUGUAAGGCAAAACAGAACUCUAAACAGCCAGACCCUCUUAGCCUUUUCAAAAAUUAGGUUUAUUAAAUUAGAACUCAGAAAACAAAGAGACGGCUCCUAUUUGUAAUAGACUUUCUUAUUUUCCUCACCUUGCAACACAGUCUCACCCCCACAAAGUACUCAUGUGCUUCACCCACAGAACUAUAUGCAAGAACGUGUAUUUCCUUUUUAAUUUGGCCUGAAUUUUCUCUCUAACCUAGUUAGAGAAAAAAAUCCCCAAAGAGCUCUGCUGCCUAUGACAACAGCAUGGGGCAGGUUAACUUUAAAAAGUAGCUGGCACAAUGGAACUGCUGAGGGAAAACCCCAUGAUGAAAAAUGGAACACACCCAAAGGUGAAUUCCCUGAGGUCUCCAGCUGGCAUUAUAAGCAGGCUGUCUGGAGCCAAAGUCAGCAGAUCAGAGCAGCCAGUUUUCUGAUACAUUUGAAGUGUAGACUAUAGUAAAACGUUACUGAACUGAAAAUGACCAACUUUAUCAGCAGAAGCUUGAUCCUGGCUUCUUUGAUGGGGCUGCUGCUGUUGUACCUGUCUGGCAUUUCUGAAGCACAAAACAAUCAAGAUUGCUGCCUCUCUUACUCCGCAGUACGGCUGCCUCGAGGAGUCAUAAAGGGCUACACAGAACAGCUAUCCAGUGAAGUCUGCGACAUCAAUGCUAUCAUUUUUCACACAAAGAAUGGAAUGAAAGCUUGUGCAAAUCCAGAAGACCGCUGGGUGAAGAAGCAUCUUCUUUGGCUGAGCCAUAAACUCAAGAAGAUGUCACUGUAAUGUGGGUUUUGAAAUGGAACCAGACACAGAGGCGGCUGCAGAACCUAAACUAGGUUGGAAUCAUCUCUUUGUACACGAUGUGUGCUUACUGACCAUUAUUCCUGGCUUCUUUGGAACCACUGAAUUACUGAAGUUGAUUCAUAUUGCAUCAUUUGUUUGCUUGACUUAAGCAUUUUGUUAAAGUUGCUUUUCUUUGCUAAUAUACAAUAUUUGAUUACUGUGUAGAAGAAGAAAACUGUUUUAAACUAUUAUACAAAAUAUGUGCCCUAUUGGGUUUAGAGCAUUUGGAUGUCAUUUGUGCUAUUUAGCAUAAGUAAAAUUGAUAAUUUAUUCUAUUUAUUGUUACAUCAUAGGCAUUUUUUGUGCCAAAAGCUGUUCCCUUUUAAUUCUAAGUAAUAUGAUCAAGAACAAAUGGAUUAAAUAUUUUUAGACUACUGUAAAAACAUGUGCUUGAGAGAAAGUGGAGUCUGUGGAAACUUUAAAAAUUACAUUAAAAAUCCAAAAUGAGA